ACCCCCUCCUCCAGCUCUCCAGCACCAAUAACAAGCCAGCAGGGAGAAGCAGCAGCAGCUGCAGCUUUACUGAGCGUUCUUCUGCAAGCAGGGGACAGACCCGCUCAGCACCCAUCCAGCACCAUUGAGACAUGGUAAAGCGGGGGAAUAAUGGAAUAGUAAGGGCAAGGCAGAAUCGGGUGCUGCUUGGUGCACAGAGAAAGCAGAUACCAACAGGGAAAGGAAAGUGAUAUGGUACAAAGAGAGAGUUCCGCAGGGAGGCAGAACACAGACAGAGAUGGAAAUAGAGACAUAACCUGGGACCCAUCCAAAAUCUGAUACUAGGAGAGAGAGAAAUACUGGCAUACAAGGAGGGAGGGCACACGCUCACAGUCACAUUGACACACUCAUCUUCUUAUUUCAACAACAGCACAAUGACAUCCAUCCAGAGGACCUGCAGUUUAUCUGCAACAUCCUGGUAAACAUCCACCCCCCCUCCCAUACAAAGCCAGGUCUAAAAGCCGCAUUCAGCCACUGACACUCACAAAUCUAUUCACCUUCAUAAUGACACUAGCAUAUAAAGGGCAUCUUACCUACCAGGAGCAUUUUUUUGUGAAUUCUGAACCAUCUUCCCCUCCAACACAAGAAAGCACGUACAGCUUUGUUUCUGUUGCAGUCUAGCAUAAGCAACUUAUGGACACAGAGCUACAAGUUUAACAAGUUUAAAAACAGCACUUGCUUGGCUGACUGGACCAUGGGCUGAUAUAAUUAUAUCUGUAGAAUUUGAGUAGACAAUAUUUAAUUUUACCAGAGGUGAUAAUGAAGAUGAAAGAGUGUUAGAAUGGGUUGGAUGCUCAUUUUGAGUUGUGGAUGUGUCUAGAGUCUAGGUCCUCAAAGAACAAUGUCCUAGACUUAUACUACCUCUAACACUGUAUUCACUAUGAGGUAUUAUUUUGAACUCUCCCAGUUCCUAUGGGCCUUCAGUAUUUUCUUCGUGGACAUGGCAGUGAUAAGAUCAGUGGCAUCCCCCCUGAACUGUCAGACUACCUGUGUGUGUGCCAGUGACAUAAUUAGCUGCCCCAAAAAGGAACUUUCAUUUGUGCCCAGUGGGCUUCCAAACUACACAGCAGUGCUGGAUCUCAGUCACAACAUAAUAUCUCGAUUGCGGGCAGAGUGGGCUCCAGAACCCUUGAAAAGGCUUCACACGCUGGUUCUCUCACACAACUCUAUUAGCUUUGUAUCUUCUGAGGCUUUUUUGCUAACCCCUCAGCUGCGUUAUCUGGAUCUAUCCUGUAACAAGCUUAAUUCACUGGAGGAGAAUGUAUUUAGUGCUUUACACAGGCUGGAGGUGCUGCUUCUUUUUCAAAACCAGAUUGAACGCAUUGACCGUACUGCCUUUGAUGAUAUUACACUCUUGCAGAAGAUCUACCUAAGCCACAAUCGUGUGACCAGAUUCCCACUAGAGCUAGUGAAGGAUGGAGAGAAGCUGCCUGAGUUAGUGCUGCUUGACCUUUCCUCCAACAGAUUAAAAAAUCUUCCAGUGCAUCAGCUCAAAAUCCUGCCUGCUUGGCUCAGCAAUGGGAUAUACCUACAUGGAAAUCCACUCACCUGUGACUGUGACCUGUAUGGACUUUUUUGGAACUGGCAUGUCCGGCAGCUGGCAUCUGUCAUGGAUUUUCAAGAGGAACUGCUGUGCCAACUGUACUCUCAACCGAGACCACCAUCACAGACCACCAAUGUAUUUUUGCUCAACAGAAGUGACGGGCUGAAUUGCAGUGUUGUUCGAGAGGCUGGCAUGGAAGCAUAUUUAGGGGAGACUGUUAUUUUGAACUGUGAUAGUAAACAGAAGAGCGUAAAUCAAGUGUGGGUUACACCUAGCAAUGAGUGGGUGCAGGCACAACCCAACAGAAGUGCAGGAAACCGCAGUAUAUCAGUGUUAAGUGAUGGCAGUUUGCAGAUAAGACCAAUUCAAGUGGAAGACAGGGGAACAUACACCUGUUAUGCACAGGGGGAACUGUUAAAUGAAACAUUGUAUGUUACCCUUACUGUAUUUAACUUUACACAGCACGUUCACCAGGAUACUCUUAAUACAGCUUAUACCACACUAGUGGGCUGUAUUGCCAGUGUAAUCCUUGUAUUGAUAUAUCUGUAUCUUACACCAUGCCGUUGCUGGUGCCGGCCAGGUAAUAGGGGACAAGGAGAAGACAGAGAAAGCAUCCAUUCCUCUGUCCUGAGUGCUACACCCAACCAUGAGACCACCAGUGAUAAGGCUGCUUUAAGUCGGCAUGUUGCAUUUCUAGAACCACCUGGAGAUUUACAUGGCCAGAAUGGAAAAUUAAAACCUAAUGGGUCACAAGAGGUGCCUGUAAUAAAGGGUUCACCUUUGCAACCACAAACACCUAACAGAAAGCUCUCAGACCCUGGAUCCAUAAGUUCAGUGUUCUCAGACACCCCCAUAGUGGUGUGAAAAGAAGGGGAAGAUUAGCAAUCUGAAGGCCACUUAAGCUUUAUACAGAGUUUAUCUUCUUCCCUUACUGAUCUUCUAAAUUCUCAGCAUGUGCAUGUGAGACUGGAACUCCUUGGUUGUGUGGAACAAAGAGAAAAUAUUAAAGAAAAAUGGAAACAAACAUGCAAGUACAAAAUAUAGUCUGAAAUCAGAUAUAAAGAGUAAGGAAAAUAGAGAAGGCAAAUUGCAUUAAUGGUCCGAGCUAAUACAGUCAAAUUAUGUGCCAUUCACACUGGCAGUAGUAAAGCAAAUAGUGUAAAAUAAUAAAUAACACUGAUGGCCGAACUAACUUGCCUGAACACAAAAUUAAUUUAAGUUACAAAUGAAGAUAACAUCAUGAGCCAAGUUCUUUUGUCACUGGCUCUCAUAACAAAUAACAAAACAAUAUAAACUGUCAGCUUCUUCUGUAGCAUUUCAUAUAUAGAGACCCACCCAUCCACUGUGCUCUCCUUUUUGGUAAACAUUAACAGGCUGCAUGUUCAGCUGCCUCAUAAACUCAUAUACAAAAGCCACUGUUAGCAAGUUUUGUAUGUAAUUAUUCUCCUGAAUGCUCUUAAUGUUCUUUGUUUCUUUAUAGACUUCAUUGCAGGCAGUGACACACUGACCCCUUCUUUUCCUAUUAGCUUGUCUCGUCACCCAAAUCUUUAAACCUGGUGUAACUAUAACUGUCACUGUGACAAGCCAAGAACAGAACAGGCUAAAUCUGCAGCCUUUUCUGUUUGCUUUGACUUCAAUAAACCUUGAUUUUCUAGGUCACUGUCAUAUCUAACUGUGAUGCACAAUAUGGAAACUUCCUAUCAUUAGUAUCUUACAGUAUAUUUAUAUUGUCACAGCAAUUAAAGUAGUACUUUGGAAAUAUGGUAUAACUAAAUUCUAAAUGUUUUUUGCUGGAAAAAAGCCAAAGCAAACAAAACUUUAUAUUAAGGCCUUAUUUAGAAAGAGUCCAGAAACCACAUUAGUAAUUGGGCCUUCAUAGUUGUGUUAUUGCUGCAGUCUUCUAUAAAACCUGCAGCAACACAAAACUCAAACCAUAAUACUAACAUCACUAUAUGCACCUUUUUACAGAUGGCUUAUAAAUAAAGCCAAUUCUUACAAAAUGAAAAGAUGAAAAAUUUUGCAUUUCAAUGUAUUCUAAACUGUAACAGGAAUAUAGAUUAAUGUAUGUGAAAGAAUGUUUUAAGAUAGUCUAAAUAUUCUAAUGCCAAUGUACAUUAACAUAUUUACAUUACAUUUCUUGUUUUUUCAGUAGCAUGGGAAAAACUCCCUUUUGCACUCUGUUUUCUGAGCACUCGUCAGCUGGCUGUUGUAAAAAUGCUCAUUAAUCACUGCAAAGGAAACUUCAUAUCCCAUGGCAUUUUAACAUCAUAUUUUGUUAAGGUUCAGAAAUACAUUCAUAAACACAGCACCAUCCUGUAUGAGAAACAUAGCUUUUCUUUAUCUUUUUACAUUUGGAAGCACCUUCUCCUAUUCAUGUCUUGUGUUUUUUCCUGACGCUAACCUCUGUUCUAUGUUCAAAUAUAAAUAGUUAUAAAUAUAUAUAUAUAUAUAAAUAUAUAUAAUUAUAGAUAUUAUUUUAUUUAUUUAAGUCAGAAUUCUGGCUGCAUUGUUAUUGUAGACCACAUUCUGGAAAUAAACAUUUCAGUUUAUGAUU